AUGAAAGAGAGCACAAGUUUCAGCGUACAAGAACAUACCAGCGCAGCAUGUGUUUUGAUAAAUGGAUCGACAUUUUCCGAGAACCCGACAACGGACGUUUUGGUCGGCGAAUCACCAGAAUUCAAAACUUCCAAGUUAUUUUUGUAUUUCAUCAUUUUAGCGUUCAGUUCACUUGGCAAUGGACUAGUCUUUUGUUUAAUUUCCUGCAAUCGCCGGCUUCGUCAAGCUUCGUCGAACAGGUUGUUGUUAAAUCUGAGUGCUUGCGAUUUUCUAACGCCAUUAUUGAGCAUCCCGUUCGAUUUAGCUCUGGAGGAACGCAGUUACGUGUGGCCUUACGGCGCGAUAAUGUGUCGAAUGUUGUGGCCAGCAACGACAUUUACAGCUACAGCCUCUGCCUUAACCUUGGCGGGCAUUUCCUUAGACAGGUUAGUAUAGAACGAGUUUUUAAAUGAACCUUAUAAUUUGCAUGAUUAGAGACACAGCGAUGAUUGUUUCACAAAAAGUUACCGUAGCAAUUCUAGAUAAUUGGAGUUUGGUCCUUCGCUGAUGGAAAUUCUUAAUCAAGGCCAACGGAAUUAUUUAUCACCAAAUUUAUUCCAAAAAUUCAGAUACUGUCAAUUAAUUAACUAACAGGAAUUUAUUAUUCAAACGAAACCAGUGAGGAGGGAAGACACGUCUUUUUUUUUUUCUUUUUUUUUUCGCGCAUGGGGUCCUUUGAAUUAGUUAUUUACAUUUCAGCACAGUUCAUUUGGCAGGGUCAGAUAAAUUAUGCUCGAAAAUUUGAACAUUCUGCUUUUAAGCGUCACCCCAUGAAAACAAGGCAUUAUGCCAAAAAUUAUGUUCAAAAUGUUUCAUGAUGCUAAAUUUAAUAAUUCAAAAUUAUGGCUUUUAGGAGCCCCUCAGAACAAAAUAUUUUAGUGGAUCGAAUUCCUGAAGCGCAGACAAGAGAAGCAGGCACAUUUGUGACAGUACUCAGGCCACAGAAUUUAUCUUUUAUUGGACUGUAAUAUGGAGCGAAUUUUAAACAACUUUAGCAAUUGCGCCGACAUCAUGCUCGAUGCUCUGGCUAUAGAAUUAUGCCCAAAAUUAUAAAAAUGUAACCCUUGCAAAUGGAAAGAUAUAUGCGUUGUUUACCAAGCGUGAGGUCGAGAUGAUAUUGGCGGAGUCUUUUUUUUUCCUUUUUUUUUUUGCAUUUUUCGAGGUCCAUAAAAACGCCCCCCAAAUAAAAAACCUAAGAUAAUAUCCAGCCAUCUUGACCGAGCAAGCUUGCUCAUUAAAAGAUUAAUCAUAUGGCAAAAACUGAUUUCGCUUUGAUAAGAAUCAAGAAUGACUUGUUUCUUUCGAGAGCCGGGAAAGGAAACCAACUGGGUCGUUUAUGUUUUCUAUGUUUGGACUGUGCUCUGCCGCUUUAACGACUCCAUCACCGACACUGUCCAAAAAUUUCGAACUUUGUACGGGCGCUUCACGCAGUUUUUUUCCUAGCACGGGAUCACAGCGGACAAGAUAAGCUCAUCUUUCCCGCUCGGGUAGCCAAUCAGAGCACAGGAUUCGCUUCGUAAUGCCCGCGGCCACUGCAAGCUUUAUAAUAAGAUUACUUAGUGAAGUUGUGAAUGAUUCAAGCUUCAGGAGUUUUAUAUGCAUUUUCGUUUCUAUUUAUAACACUCCGACGGAAAUGAUACUGACUUAUGUUAACUGCAAUACCAAGACAUGUGUUUACUUUUCAGAUUCCGCCUUCUAAUGCACCCCUUUACCCCGCGUCUUACGAAAAGACAGAUAACCUUUCUCAUCUCAAGCGUUCAUAUUCUGUCAGCGGUUGUGGUGGUACCCUAUGUCAUCGUCUUAAAACUUGAAGAUCACAAUUGCGGGGAAGCAUGGCCAAACUUCACCUCCAGACAAGCCUAUACGGUAAUCUUGUUCCUGGUACAGUACGCAUUGCCUCUCAGCUUUAUGACAGCCAUGUAUACAUUGGCGUUGACGAAACUAUAUAAUGUGACCAGUAACACGACUAAGAUGCGCUCAAGGGGAGAAAUACACCGAGAUCGCGAGAGCAACAACAGCACAGAGAGAGGUAGGGGAGUGGUUCGGAAGAUAAGCUCUCGCGUGGCUAAGAGCAUGAGGCGUGGUUUCGAGGUGGAGUCGAAUGUACGGGUGACAAAACUUUUCAUCGUUAUUGUUGCAAUUUUCGCCGUCUUUAUGCUGCCCAACCAGGUACUCUGGUUAUGGUCAGAUUUUGGCGGUGGACACACACACCAGGAUUUGAACUCAAUUAAGAUUAUCUGUUGGCUUUUCACGUACACUAAUUGUGUUUGCAAUCCUGUUAUUUUUAUGAUAUUUUGUAAGGAAUUUCGAGCAGAGUUAGCAAAGAUUCCAAAGAAACUGUGUUCAAACGGUCCCAGACCCCAGCUCAGCCUAUCGCGGUCGAGUGGGCCUCCAACCCAGUGUAUACCAAUGAUAGAAUGCGUUUCCUCACCAAACCAUUACCAGUUCCUAGACGAUAAAUGA